AUGCGCACCGCUUUGCACCGCCCCCGAAGCAUGCUGGGAUUGGUAGUGCGGGGCGGGGCGGGGCGGGGCGGGGCGGCCGUUUCAGCACCGCCAGAUCGCGCCCCGCGUGCUGCUAGCACGGGCUACCCUGGGGGUCCUCCGCGCCGGCGGGGGGCGCAGGACGGCUGCUUGGCGCGCAGCACGUUCCUCAGAGCGCCUCGCGCCAGCUCGGCGGGAAGGGGAGCGUGUGGAGCGUCGAGGGGUCCUACUGGGCCUUACCGGGACUUACCGGCCCGCAGCCCAGUGACAGCGGCACCGGGGCAGUCCGCAGGUCCUCCGGGGCUCAUUGGAGCGGGCGGGGGGACUGGAAGGUGCCCAUCACGGUCACGGCGUGGGGCAAGGCCUGUGUUGGGGUUCCCACAGCACGCAGCGCUCCUCUCCCUCCGCGGAGCCCUCACACCUCAGGGGAACCCUCAUGCGGAGCAGCGCGGCCUCAGCGCUCACAGAACCGCGGGCUCCAACGUUCACCCCGUGCCAUUUCUGUGGCUUCCCACCAGCAGCCAGCACAGUGUGAAGCGUGGCACUGGGGCAGCACUGCCCCCCAAGAUGCAGAGGAGCUGGGGAGAGCAGCCUGACCUGCGCAGGGGCCAGAUCCUUUCCAGCAUAGCAGUAUCUGCAGUGAAACAGGAGAGAGGCAGCAGUUUCACAGAGGAGCCGAAACCACGCACUUUCCCGAACGCUAUUGCUUUCCACUUUGCGAAGAAGUGGGUUGCCCGUGUUUGA